GUAAAUCCCACCUGGCCAUCGUCCAGAAGGUGAACAACGAGGGGGAGGGAGAUCCGUUCUACGAGGUGUUGGGAUUGGUGACCCUGGAGGACGUCAUCGAGAGAUCAUCAAGUCCGAGAUCCUGGACGAGUCUGACCUCUACAGUGAGUCAGCGUUUCCUUUUCUUCCAGCUUUGCUUCUCUGUUUUUAUCUAUCUCAGCUUAUAUUUUUUCACUCCCUCAAAACUCGACCUCCAUGUUUCUGUUGUCUCCACAGCCGACAACAGAAACAGGAAAAAGGUCGACCCGAAUAAAAACAAGCCCGACUUCUCGGCCUUCAAGAACGACGCCGACAGCAAAGUGAAGAUCUCUCCUCAGCUCAUGCUGGCCGCUCAUCGUUUCCUGGCUACAGAGGUGAGUCUGUUCAGCCCGUUCCAGAUCACAGAGAAAGUCCUGCUGAGGGUCCUGAGACACCCCGACGUCAUCCAGGAGCUCAAAUUCAACGAGAACGACAAACGCUCGCCGCUUCACUUCCUGUACCAGAGAGGGAAACCUGUCGACUACUUUGUCCUCAUCCUGCAGGGGAGAGUGGAGGUGGAAGCUGGAAACGAAAACAUGAAGUUUGAAACCGGCCCGUUCUCCUACUACGGAGUCAUGGCUCUGAGCUCACCAACGAUGGCUGUCACCCCUCCUCUCUCCCCGUCAGUGGCGUCCCCCCCUCCACGACGCCUCUCUCUUAAGAGGUUUUCUCUGUUCACUCGUUUUCCAGAGUUUCGUUCCCCGUCACAUGGGGGCAACCUCAACCGCUCGGCGUCUCUGAGCUGCACUGAGCGCGCUCCGGACAGCGCCUCGGUGGGCGGGAGCAUCAACCAGAUCCCAGGGACACCCUUCCAAUACAUAACAGACUUCUGCGUCCGUGCCCUCACAGACCUGCAGUUUGUCAAGAUCACUCGUGCUCAGUACCAGAACGGUCUCCUGGCCUCCAGGCUCGACAGCUCGCCUCAGACCCCAGACGGCAGUCACACUCGUCUGGACACAUCUGCCUCAUUGCCCCCCAUCACGCCGCCGGGGACCCGCGUUCCACUGCCGCUGGCCACACCUCCUUUUAAGCGCCAGACGUCUAACACUCAACUGCCACCGAGCAGCCGCUCGCUGCCCCAAACCACCUCGUCAUCCGGACGCAGACCCAGCCAGUCUCUGCCCCAAGCCACUCCCCCUCCGAUUAACCACACCCCCAUCUCCCAAACCCCUGCGUCUUCCAUGAGCAUAGCCAUCUCCAACCCCCACCCGACUCUGACCUCCUCCAGGUCCCAGCAUUCCUCUGCUGGCUCGGAGAACGGGGCGGGAGAGACCACCACUCUGCUCAGUGAGCAGCAGAACUGUGUGGGCCCGCGCAGACCCAGCCACGGCCAGGCCCACCCCCACCCACAGGUCCACACCAUCAGUCAUACACACACUGAGAGCACCAUCUAACUCGAGUCCCUGUGGGGGGAAACUGCCCGUGCACUCAGUUACAAAAAACACACACUAGCACUUCUUCCUGAUUCCUGUUUGCUCGUUGUCUCCUGAACUUGAAGUCUGAGGAGCAGCACAUCGGUGUAUUUU